AUGACUAGGACGACGCAUGUGCCCUUAUGGAAGCGCCCCAUUGACUCGAUGUACUUUACCUUCUUUGCAUUGCAUCUGAUUGCUAGUCUAUGUGUGGAUAUCCAGGGACUUGUGCCCGCUGAGUACGUUCCUACCGUCCUGCAGCGCGUAUUGCAAGACUACCUCGUAAAGAGUCGCGACCCGCUCGUGCCCAAUGCUUGGCAGCCAAGGUACGCGUGGUUCCGAAUGUCACUUUUGAGCGAGUUUGUGCUCCAAGUGCCCGCCUUUGUGGUAGGCCUCUAUGUCUUUUGGAGCAAUGAUCCCCGUGGUUAUCCGCUACUAAUUGCGUAUGGCGCUAUCGCAUGCUUCACCACGCUGCAGUGCAUUGCGAUGGUGACGAUGGGUGAGGAACGCGUGCACCUGGCUCCAGAAAAUUUGUCGUUUAUCUUGCAAAACUAUAUUCCAUUUAUGCUGUUUCCAGGCGUGAUCAUGCUGGAUAUGCUGGCACGCACGACGCGCAGGAUGCAUGCUACGACACCCGCACACGCCAAGACCCAAUAG